AUGGACACUCUAAACCAAACAAGAGUGACUGAAUUUGUCUUCUUGGGACUCACUGAUAACCGGGUGCUGGAGAUACUGUUUUUUGUGGCAUUCUCAGUCACUUAUUUUCUAACGCUUUUGGGAAACAUUCUCAUCAUUGUUACCAUAGUCUUUACUACACGUCUCCAUGUCCCCAUGUAUUUCUUCCUGAGAAAUUUGUCCUUCAUUGACAUCUGCCAUUCAUCUGUCACUGUCCCCAAGAUGCUGCAGGGUUUGCUUUUAGAGAGAAAGACCAUUUCCUUUGACAAUUGCAUUGCACAGCUCUUCUUCUUACAUCUUUUCGCCUGUGCUGAGAUCUUUCUGCUGACCAUUAUGGCGUAUGAUCGUUAUGUAGCUAUCUGCAUUCCAUUACACUACCCCAGUGUGAUGAACAUGAGAGUCUGUGUACAGCUUAUCUUUGCUCUGUGGCUUGGGGCUACUGUUCACUCACUAGUACAGACCUUCUUGACCAUUCGUCUACCUUACUGUGGCCCCAACAUUAUUGAUAGCUACUUCUGUGAUGUGCCACCUGUCAUUAAGCUGGCCUGCACAGACACAUAUCUCACAGGAAUGCUCAUCGUGUCCAAUAGUGGAACCAUCUCCCUCACCUGUUUCCUGGCCUUGGUCACCUCCUACAUGGUCAUCCUAGUUUCUCUUCGAAAACAAUCAACUGAAGGGUGCCAGAAAGCCCUGUCUACCUGCUCAGCCCACUUCAUGGUGGUUGCCCUCUUCUUUGGGCCAUGUAUCUUCAUCUACACUCGGCCAGACACCAGCUUCUCCAUUGACAAGGUGGUGUCUGUCUUCUACACAGUGGUCACCCCUUUGGUAAAUCCCCUCAUUUACACCUUGAGGAAUGAGGAGGUAAAAAGUGCCAUGAAGCAGCUCAGGCAGAGACAAGUUUUUUUGUGA